CAGAGCCACCCGCCUAUGCUUGGCAUAGUGCGGCCAAAGCAUGUGACACCCGUCACACAACUGCCGCAGAGCAGUCAUCAAUCUGAUGAGGAUCCCAUAGAAGAGUCAUCGGAUUCUGAAGCUGACGAUCACACUACCCAUGCAGACAUUAUGAAGAAUAAAGCAGGAGGUACUGGAUCAAGCAGCACUAGCUCCGUGGUGGCUGCGGGUUGUCCCAAAGGUCCGAGGACAACCAGCCGAAAGUGGAAAAGUACCACGGAUCCCAAUGCCCCAAGUGAGCCUCCAGUCCAGAAGCAGCGGGUAGAGCCAUCACAGGCGAUAGUUGCUAUUUCUGCAGUCUCAGAGGGGGAGACGGAUAUCCCCAGUACUGAAGAAAUACCCACUGGCGGAGCUGCAGAGGCUUCGAUGGAGGAGUCUGAGGACGAGCUGAUAGAAGAACUUACAGUGUCUCCUCCUCUUGUCGGAGACUAUCUUGAGGAGGAUCUUGAAGAUGACCCUCAAUUGACGCAGCAGAAUAUAAAGAAGUUCCAGACGAACAUCCAAGAAUUUACUCGAUUCUCUGUUCAAUUGGCCAAUCGGUCUUAUUUGAAAUCUCUCCGACUGAAAGAGGCUGCUGAAGAUCAGAAGAAAUUGCCUCUACUCGAGAAGGAGAUCCAGUCCUUGAAAAAGGAGAAGGCCAAGCUGGAGCACAAGGUCGAAUUGCUUAAAGAUGUCAUUCAGAGAAAUCGAGAUGGAACUGAUACCCAAAAGCUGUCUUUGGAAAAGACCCAAAAAGAACUAUCCCAAAGCAUGGAGCAGUGCAAAUCUGUGACAGCUGAGAGGGAUCUUCUGAAGGAAGAGUUGGCGGAACUUAGAUCUGCUCCACAAGCUGUGGUAGCCAUGGUAGAUUCAGUUGAAGAAGGAUCGACAGCUGAGAAGACCUUGGUGGAUAGGCUACGUGAAGCUCCUCACAAGAUCACUAAGUACCUGACGGAGACCUCCAAGGACUACGUUGCCUAUGUCCUGGGUCUUGUCAGGUCAUAUUGGCCGCAGGCAAGAUUGGCUCCUCUGGGUGAAGGCAUGGCGGCGGAGUGUUCUGAAGAAGACUUCACCAAAUAUACUGAGGAGGCCAAACCUGUAGCUGAUAAGAUUGUAGAGAUGUUAGAGCAAGAGUCUGAUGCUGGAUCUUGAA